GACAUAUUUAAAAUAGGAGAAAAAUGGAAACCAGCUGAUAACGGUGAAGUAGAAGAUCAGCAUAAGGAAGUAUUAUUUCCACCUAGAAGAAAAAAUAUGUGCACAUCAAAUUUAGAAAAUCUAGACACUGGUAACAUGGGACUUAGACUUCAUACUUAUGCUAGCCACUCAUUAUUAGCAGAUGUAUUACUUACAGCAAAAGAAGAGGCACAAAGCAUAAUAAAACAAUAUAAAAACCAAAAUAACGACAAAAUUGACCCAAAAGACAAUGUUACUGUAUGUACUGCCUUGAAAUAUAGCUUUGCAGAUUUAGGAGAUAUUAUCCGAGGUAGAGAUCUAUGGACUAAAAAUGAUGAUAUGGAAAAAAUAGAAGAUAGUUUGAAA